AUGGGUAUAUUCAGCUCUAAAUCCAAGAAAGGCACCAUGUCCGACAAUCCCGAAACGCGCCAGGUCGAGAAGAUGAUCGCGAGCGAGACCAAGGCCGACCAGAAGAACGUCGAUCACGCGCUGAGGGACUUGAAGAAAGCCGACAAGAUGCACGAUAAGAGCAUCAAGUCGGCAGACAAGGCGCAGCAUGCGCUCGACAAGGCGGUCAAGAAGGAGCACAAGACCGCCCAAGCAGUCAAUAAGGCCGAGCACCAGCAUGAGACCGCCAUCGCCAACCAGCACAACGCUUCGAAGACUGUCGAGCUCCAGCGCCAGCAUGAGUCGGUCCUCGAGCAGGAUCUCCAGAAGCGCCGCAACGAGUUCGAGGAGCUCCAGCAGCGCAAGGCCGCCAAUGACGUGGGUAUCAUUCUCUCGCCGUUUUCGCGAGGGUUGACAUGCUCCUUAGGCGACGCGUGA